CCAAAGAGAUUUUGAAAAAAGAAGAAUUUGAGUUUAAUUCUCAUAAUGUUUCGUUAAAAGAAAAUUUUAGAAAACUGUCAAUGAUAGAAGCGAUUAAGGAACAUGCCGAAAUAGAUUUUUCCCAAAUAAAUAGUUUAGAACAAGCCUUAGAAUUAGCCCAAAAACAUAAUUUGAGGUUAGAAAAAUUUCAAAAAAGCAUCGGACAUAUUAUUUUAGCCUUUUUUGAAGAAUUUGUGGAAAAAAAGUUAAUUCAACCGACCUUUAUUUAUGAUUAUCCGAUAGAAGUUUCACCCUUAGCCAAAAGUAAAGCGGAAAAUGAAGAUAUCGCAGACAGAUUUGAGUUAUAUAUCGGCGGAUUAGAAUUUGCUAAUGGCUAUAGUGAGUUAAAUGACCCUAUCGAGCAAAAAAAAAGAUUUGAAGAACAAACUAAACAAAAAGAAUUAGGUAAUGAAGAAAUUGCUAGUUUUGAUAAAGAAUUUUUGGAAGCCUUGGAAUGUGGAAUGCCGCCCGCUGGUGGAUUAGGUAUUGGCAUAGAUAGAUUAAUAAUGUUAUUUACUGAACAAAAUAGUAUCAAAGAAGUGAUUGCUUUUCCGCAACUAAAAAUGAAAAAAGAAAAUAAUUAG